AUGCCUUCCGCACGUGGUCACACUACACCUCAAAGCUACCCCCAUGUCUCUUCAAACACCAACAGCCCAGAAACUCUUAUGAGUUCCACACCCCCCGGUACCCCCACUUUGCCUCAGACAUCCUUUGCCACUGCAAACCACGACUCUGUUAUCAAGCGCAAGUUCCAAUGUCUCCGAAUUCGCUUGAAAUUCUUUCUGGAACCCAAUGUCAACUUGGAUGCUAGAUCAACCACCAAGGCUCUGAUUGAACAAGUCAUCAAUCAUUUUGAACCCAAUGUGAAGACUUCAUCCCUUGCAAAAGCAGCCCUCAAGAAUCUUUUCUAUCAACACGUCUCACCGGUCAUCAGGCAGCACUCUUCAGUCAUCAACAGUUUGAGUGCAACCCCAGUUUCCUCACCCUCACGUGCCAACGGGUCUACUAGGGCGCUUCACUUCAACAAAUACGCCCAUGCUUUUGACCAUUCGUUUGAUCCUAACCAUCGCACCAGCACUAAGAAGGUCCUUCAUGCUGCAAUCCAACACAAAUCUCCCAACAAAGCACUUGCUCCUUUGAAUUUGAUCAAGAAACCAGAUUUAAUUGAACUCUUCAAAUGCUAUGUACACACAGCCCCCGCCUGUUGUCCACAUUUCUCUGCUAUUCCUCCUGUGCUCGAGGCUUCCGAACUUCCAGGCCAAACAAAGGACGAAUUACGCUUUGCCCUACAAGGGCACAUCCCUGACCUAUUCAUCCUGUCCCAUGUCAACAAGUUUUCCCUCAUCAACAUCUACCAACACUUCAUAUUGGGCGUGCCUGAUGCGGAUGGCGACAUUGCCCAAGAUCAAGUUGAAUUUUUUCUGUUCAACAACCCAAGCCAUCAACACUUCCAAAGUGCAUUCGCUUCUUUUAUUGCCGCAGUUUCCAAAUAG